AUGGCUGAAGCAAAAACCGAAAAAUCUCAAAAUUCAAGUCAUAAGCUAUGAAAAAUUGAAAAAGAAAAAUCAAUCAAGAAUUCGAUUUUUGAGUUUUAUUGGCAGCUCUUCAAUAUUAACGACAAUCAAGUAAAUUCUGUUGUAAGUCAACAAAUUUUAGUAGCGAUAGAGGCUACAAUAUGAUGCCUUCAAACUAUAAGCCUAUUAUGAGUUCCUGAUAUGCCAAUUGCUAAUUGAAACAAUAAUAAUACUAUAUGAGAAGUUAUUGGAUUCUCCAAAUUUGAUAGUAUUUGCUCAGAAUUAGGAAUGAUUGAUGAAUGUUUUUAUUUAUUGUUUAUAUUUACUUAUGCUAGCUUUAUAAGUACGAUCAUAUUGGUUAUCUUUAUUUAUUAUUCUUACAGAAUCCCAGCUCAAGUCAUCAAAAUUUUUUAUUAUAUUUUUUAUUUAUGGAAAACUUUUUUUAUUAUUCCAUUUAUUGAAAUAUUUUGAGAGAAAAAAAUUUCUGAAUAUGAAAACGGCAAGCGAUUAUCUGAUUUUUAAUAUAAAUUAAUAUGGCAGAGACAGCCAUCAGACCUUUUGGAGCCACUUAUCAACAUAUGCAAGGAGCACCCAGCUGGAAAACUAAUAUUGAAGAAUUAACUUCCAAAAAUUUCAUUUUUUCAACUCUUUGCUAUUGCCAUCUUUAUUUAAAAUAUUAAAACGAAUUCAACUUGGAGCAUCUUGGUGGAAUUAG